CAAAGUACAUUGUAUAGUGGGCAGUGAAAGGCUCUUCAAAUGCCGUUAGGGGGUGUAAAGGUUUUAGAGUUUGUGGGACUAGCUCCUGGGCCAUUGUGUGGCAAAAUACUCGCAGAUUUCGGUGCAAGCGUAACCCGCAUAGACAAGGUACUGGAUAAUUCCAUGGAUGUGCUGCACCAUGGUAAGCGCACUGUAGUCGUUGACCUAAAAAAGGCGGCAGGUCAACAGAUUGUCCAACAGCUUGCUCGAAAAUACGACGUUAUAGUUGAACCAUUUCGGCCCGGAGUCAUGGAGAAGCUCAAUUUGGGCCCUGAUUUAUUGUGCUCCGCCAACCCGCGUUUAAUUUAUGCACGUCUCACAGGAUUUGGACAACAUGGUCGACUUGCGCCACGUGCUGGACAUGAUCUGAACUAUGCAGCCGUAUCUGGGGUGCUUUCCAUGCUGGGCCGCAAGCAUGAGAAACCAACGGCACCUAUCAAUCUUUUAGCGGAUUUUGCUGGUGGAAGCGUUAUGUGUGCAUUGGGAAUAUGUUUAGCAUUGUUGGAACGUCAUAAGUCUGGAAAAGGUCAGGUUGUGGAUGCAGCAAUGGUUGAUGGUGCUGCAUAUGUCGCUAGCUGGUUAUUUAUGUCCAGGAAGCUCGAUAUUUGGGGUCAAGGGCAACAGCGUGGAACGAAUCUGCUUGAUGGCGGCGUCUAUUUCUACGACACUUACGAAACAAAAGAUGGCCUUUUUAUGUCGGUGGCCGCAUUAGAGCCGCAAUUUUUUAGUUUAAUUAAGGAACGAUUAAAUUUGCCCCAAGAAUUGUCGCAAUAUGGGGAAGAACAUCAAGUCCAAGGUAGACAGUUAUUAACGGAUAUAUUCCUUACAAAAACGCAAGCCGAAUGGUCAGAAAUAUUCGAAGAUGUAGAUGCUUGUGUCUAUCCUGUAGUGGAUUGGCAGAAAGUCCAGAAUCAUGACCAUAACGCUGCCCGUCAAUCUUUUGGACGAGUUGACGACAAUUGGGCGCCCCGUCCGGCUCCUCGUUUAUGUCGGACGCCUGGUAAACUACGCUCGAGUACACAAUUUGAUGUAAAGAGUUUCCUUGAUGAGCUGGACAUCAAACCUGAGAAACUGCGCCAACUGCAGGAGGAGGCAGUAUUGAUAUUGCCGAAUAGGCCUAAACUGUAACUCUAACUAAAUAAAAGUCCAAUUUAACAAA